GGAGGACGCUGAGGACUGGCAGCCCCGCACCGGCACCUCGCAGUCCCGCUCCUUCCGCAAGCUGGCCCAGCUGACGGGCACAGGUGGCAGUGAGUUCCCACAGGGCCUGGCACUGCCUGGGGAUGUGGAGCUGUUUUGGGUAACCAGAAGCUGGGAGGAGCAGUGGGGUGAUGUAGCACCCGGGAGUGUUGGUUUUGGCCCCAGUUAACUCCCUGAGGGCAGCUGAGCCAGCGGGAGCUGCCCAGGGCUGUGUGUGGGCUCAUGGUGGUGCUGCUGGUCUGGGGUUGUGCUCUGCCCUGUGGCCAGACAGGGCUGUGCAGUGGGGCCAGGUGAGUGGAGAGGUUGGUUUUCCUCCUUUCCCUUCCUGCUUUUCCUGGACCUUGGUUGCUGCAGACUGACUCCAUCUCCCCCUUUCUCUCCUGCUGCACUCAGUGGAGGAUGGUGAGGAUGAAUUUAUUAAAAAGCCCAGGUAAGGGGAUUGUGUGCCAGGGCAACAGCAGGAGCCACAGGGUGCCCACCCUGGGCUCAGCCCACAAGGCUUGUUCUCUCUCACUGCUUGCAGUCACUCAGGGGAAGCUCUUUGCCUGUUGCUGUUUCUUCUUUCCUCUCCUUAUCCUCCACCCUCUGUCCUAUCCUUUCCUUCUUCCUAGAGCCAAGCUGUUGGCAGAGCCACAGGCUCACGCCACAACAGGCACUGCCAGUGCUCAGCCACUGCUCUGUCACCUCAGGAGGGUCCUGCCCAGACACCCACUAGCCAGGCAGGCUGUGCCCAGAUGAGUGUCCUCAUGCUGGGUAUGCAGGCAGGACCUGCUUGGCACUGCUGGCACCAAGCUGGGGAGGCCAAGAUGCGGCACAGUGUGCUGGGCACAGUGGGCAGGGGUGGCUGCUGGCACUGACAGCGCCUUGCUGGGGGUGUUGGGAAUUGCAGGGUAGGGAAUGGGACCAGACUAGGGCACAGUGUCUUAUGGGGCCAGGGAAUGGCUGCAAGGCUGAUCAGGAGUGAACACUGUCAGCAUUUCCACAAGGCUCGUGCAUCUCUGGGGCUGUGGAUGUGUAUGGGGAGGGAUGGGCUGGUCAAACACUGACUGCUGUGCCACGAUUCUUUCUGAUACCACAGGGAUGCCCAUGGGUCCAACUGGGGCACGGGGCAGCAUCGGUGAGUGCCAGGGUCUGGCAGAGGUGUUGGCAUGUGCCAGGGCAUCUUUGGGGGUGCUUCCCUGUUCCACAGCAGGGUCCAGUCCUGGUGCUGAGCUCCUGCCCUCUGUCACUCACAGGCAGCCCCCGCAGCCCCUGGAGCCCCCCAGUGACAGUGUGUGUGACCCUGUGAAGCUGAAGAUGUUAGAGGACAUUGUGGACACAAAGCCCCACACCUGGACCUCCCAGUCCCGCUCCUUCCGCAAACUGGCCCGGCUGGUGGGAGCCAGCAGCAGUGAGUUCUGCAGGGCCUGGCACUGCCUGGCUGCCCAGCUGUGCCCAGCUGUGCUGGGGCAGCUGUUAAAGGCUGUGGUGUGUUGUUGCAGCAGGGCAUUGGUUUUGGCCCCAUUUGGGCCCUCUGUGGCAGCUGAACCAGCAGGAGCUGCCCAGGGCUGUGUGGGCUCGUGGUGGUGUCACUGGGCUGGGGCUGUGCUCUGCCCUGUGGCCAGGCAGGGCUGUGUGUUGGGGCAGGGGGGCUGUGGGAGGAAAGGGCAUUUUUCCUUCCUUUCCCUUCCCUUCCCCUUCCUUCCUGCUGUCUCUGGGCCUCAGUUGCCGCAGACUGACUCCAUCUCCCCCUCUCUCUCCUGGUGUCCUCAGUGGAUGAAGGUGACGAUGAGCCCGUUAAAAAGCCCAGGUAAGGGCAGCAGCAGGAGCCACAAGGUGCCCAUGCCAGGUUCUGUCCAAACAGCCACUUCACCCUUGCUGCUUGCAGUCACUCUGGGGGUGCUCUUUGCACUGCUGGGGGUUCUCCCCUCCCUCUCUGUCCCCUCUCCCAGACUUGAGGUGUUUUCAGAGCUGCACAAUGGGCACUGCCAGCACUCAGCCACUGCUCUGACCGUCACCUCAGGAGGGUCCUGCCCCAAGCACCCACCUGGGUAGGGGUGGCUGGUGGCAAUCACAACACCUUGCUGCAGAUGUUGAGAGGUGCUGAGCAGCAACUGGUCUUGGUGCUUUGCAUCCUGUGCAGCUGUGGAGCAGCUGCAAGGCUGCUGGUCAGUAUUUCCCUGUGGCUCGUGCCUCCAUGGGGCUGUGGGUGCGUAUGGCAGGCAUGGUCAAACAGUGACUGUUGUGCUGCUGUUUCUUCCAAUGUCACAGGGAUUCCCAUGGGUCCAUCUGGGGCAUAGUGGAGCAGCGGUGAGUGCCACGGGCCGGCAGAGGUGUUGCCAU